CUCUGAGGUUACAGCAAGUGACAGAGUUCAGCUCACUGAUGGAGGCUCCAGUCUGACUAUAAUCAAUGUGACCCGCUUUGACCAGGGACCAUUCAGGUGUCGUGUGUCCAACCCUGUCAGUACUUUUAUCAGUGAUCCAGUAAACCUCUUCAUCAGCUAUGGCCCAGAAAAUAUCAAUUUGAUCUUACCUCCAUCACAAGGAUACUUUGCUGUGGGGUCAGACAUCAGCCUCACCUGCUCAGUUGGAUCCAGACCUCCUGCCCAGUUUAACUGGUUUCUGAAUGGAGAUCAGCUGCCUGAUACUGGAUCAGAGCUCAGACUGAUGAAUGUUCAGAUGAGUCAGAGUCGAAACUACAGCUGUCAGGCCUUUAACAGCAAAACUCUGAGAUCUCAAACAUCUGAGCCUUCAGCCAUCACUGUGCUUGGCUCCAGGUGUGCAGGAGCUGGAGUUGGCCCUGCCCAGGGGCGGAUCCCAGGUCAGUUCAGGAGCCUUAUGGAAAUUCCAGCCACCCACCGCAGACCAUGA